GAUACGAAGUUGGUAACCAAAUCGUAGCGACGUGUUUCCGUUCGAACGGUGUUUUUUUUUUAAGUUUUACCUUGAUCAGUCUCGGUCCUGCUGCCAGACUAUUACGUUCAUCUGUGAUAAGGCAUUACCUCAUAGAUAAAACUCAGCAUUGCAAUGAGGCUGAUAGAGAAGGUCUUUAAUCCUACGGGCAAAAAGCAUGCCGGAACGCUCAUAUUCUUCCACGGUUCUGGCGAUACAGGGAACGGUUUGACGGAAUGGAUACGAUUCCUUCUGGGUCGCGAUAUGGAAUUUCCGCACAUCAAGGUUAUCAUACCUACGGCACCGGUACAACCGUAUUCGCCGAUGGGAGGCGAAAAUUCGAAUGUAUGGUUCAACCGAAAGCGCAUCGAAAUGGACUGUCCCGAAAUUCGAACCUCGCUGGCCUCGAUAUACGACACCGUCAAUGAAAUGGUGGUGCGCGAGAUGGCCGCUGGAGUGCCAUUAAAUCGAAUCGUUGUCGGUGGCUUCUCGAUGGGUGGUGCAUUGGCAAUGCACACCGGUUACCAUCUGAACCGAGACUUGGGUGGCGUGUUUGCCAUCUCUUCAUUCCUCAACACCGGCAGCAUCGUGUACGAUUCGCUCGGUUGUAUUUCGGAUGACGAAAAGCUGCCGGAACUGUUGAUGAUGCACGGUGAACGGGACACACUAGUGCCGCUCGAAUGGGGCCAAACAACGUUCGACGAGCUGGCCAAACUUGGUGUACGGGGUCAGUUCGUGCCCCACCGGACCGCACUACACGAAAUCAAGAAAGAUCAACUACUGCGAGUUAUUGACUUUGUGCAGAAGAUCAUACCGGAACCGAUGGACGAUGUGUUCGAACCCACGCCAAAGUCCGAUACGACAAAGUCUACCAAAAGUAUAAAGAAAGGAAAGCUAUAAUAUUGUGCCCAGACAACACACACCUUAGGCAGCCCGAUUUUUUUCUCGAUAAGAUAAAACUCUUAUUUUGUUAUUGUUUUGUGCGUUUAUCAGCCUUGAAGUGAAGAUGUGUUGAACAAUGAUGCUGCGAAACAAAUAGAAUGUCUCACGACCAACGAUAAGGAAGUGUUUUGCGAUUAGCGGAAAUUUAGUUACUCCUGCAUUACGAUUUAAACAACCGGCAACCAACCGAUGCACACAUACGAAAUUCCGAAAAAACCCACACAACAUAGCGCAUCUAAAAAUAAGACUAAACGAAUUUGUUAAACGUGAUAUUGGGGGUGGUUACUAUUAUUAGUAUCCUCGUGGCAAAAUGCAUCGUGCAAUAAACCUUUAGGUGCAAGGUAAAAUAAACGUUCGGUUGUUUUUAUAUGACACAUCACACAUUCAAAUGAUAGGACCAAUGAAGAUCUUUGAAAAGGAUAACAAAAAUCUCAAAUCCCUGCUUUAUAGCUGUACAGUAUGCUUGAGAUAAUUAAAUCAAAGAAAAGUUAUUAAUACUGAAACCCAUUCGAGCGUUUGAUAUCUGAUGCCAAAUUGUAUCGCAUUAAAGGAUAUCGGUGUAUGUUGGCUGCAGAAAUAUUCCAUAACCGGUAACAAUGUAGCUCUAUAUUCCUAAAAAUCCUACUGAACAAAACUGAACGACUCGUCCACCAGUCG